GAGGAGCCCCAAAGGGGGAAAAAGAAAGUGCGGCGGAAAGUAAGAGGCUCAUUGGGGGAAGACUGGCCGGAUCGGGGUCCCCGGGCUCCCCUUUGGCCAGACGCACCGAAAAGAAGCAGUGCUGGGCGACCCUGCACCCUUCCCCACCGGUUCGGUGUGCCCCGCGCUGCUUCCCAAAAAAGGAUGGGACUUCUUUGGUGUGUAAUGAGUCUCUACUUCUAUGGGAUCCUGCAAAGUGAUGCCUCAGAGCGCUGUGAUGACUGGGGACUAGAUACCAUGAGGCAGAUCCAAGUGUUUGAAGAUGAGCCAGCUCGCAUCAAAUGCCCGCUCUUUGAACAUUUCUUGAAAUACAACUACAGCACAGCCCAUUCAGCUGGCCUUACUCUGAUCUGGUAUUGGACUAGGCAGGACCGGGACCUGGAGGAGCCAAUUAACUUCCGCCUCCCUGACAACCGCAUCAGUAAGGAGAAAGAUGUGCUCUGGUUCCGACCCACCCUCCUCAAUGACACGGGCAACUAUACCUGCAUGUUAAGGAACACCACGUAUUGCAGCAAAGUUGCAUUUCCUCUUGAAGUGGUUCAGAAAGAUAGCUGCUUCAAUUCCUCCAUGAAACUCCCAGUACAUAGACUAUAUAUAGAAUAUGGUGUUCAGAAGAUCACUUGUCCAAAUGUAGAUGGAUUUUUUCCUUCCAGUGUCAAACCAACCAUCACUUGGUAUAUGGGCUGCCAUAAAAUACAGAACUUUAAUAAUGUAGUACCUGAAGGCAUGAGCUUGAGCUUUCUCAUAGCCUUGGUUUCAAACAAUGGAGAUUACACAUGCGUUGUUACAUAUCCAGAAAACGGGCGUACCUUCCAUCUCACUAGGACUCUGACUGUGAAGGUGGUAGGCUCUCCAAAAGACGCAUUGCCUCCUCAGAUCUACUCACCCAAUGAUCUUGUAGUCUACGAGAAAGAACCAGGUGAGGAGCUACUCAUCCCUUGUACAGUCUACUUUACUUUCCUGAAGGAUGCCCGCAAUGAGGUUUGGUGGACCAUUGAUGGAAAAAAGCCGGACGACACCAAUAUUGAUGUAACUGUCAAUGAAAGUAUAAGUUUGACUACAACAGAAGAUGAAACGAGAACUCAGGUUUUGAGCAUCAAAAAAGUUACUGCUGAGGAUCUCAAGCGCAACUAUGUCUGUCAUGCUAGAAAUGCCAAAGGGGAGGUUGACAAACCAGCCAAGGUGAAACAGAAAGCUCCAAGAUACACAGUGGAAUUAGCAUGUGGUUUUGGAGCCACAGUGCUGCUGGUAGUGAUCCUCAUUGUUGUUUACCACGUUUACUGGCUGGAGAUGGUCUUAUUUUACCGGGCUCAUUUUGGAACAGAUGAAACCAUUUUAGAUGGGAAAGAAUAUGAUAUUUAUGUAUCUUACGCAAGGAAUGCUGAGGAAGAAGAGUUUGUGUUACUGACCCUCCGUGGAGUUUUGGAGAAUGAAUUUGGAUACAAGCUGUGCAUCUUUGACCGUGACAGUCUGCCUGGGGGAAUUGUCACAGAUGAGACCUUGAGCUUCAUUCAGAAAAGCAGACGCCUCCUGGUUGUCCUAAGCCCCAACUACGUGCUCCAGGGAACCCAAGCCCUCCUGGAGCUCAAGGCUGGCCUAGAAAACAUGGCCUCUCGGGGCAACAUCAACGUCAUUUUAGUACAGUACAAAGCGGUGAAGGAGACGAAGGUGAAAGAGCUGAAGAGGGCUAAGACGGUGCUCACGGUCAUUAAAUGGAAAGGGGAGAAAUCCAAGUAUCCACAGGGCAGGUUCUGGAAGCAGCUGCAGGUGGCCAUGCCAGUGAAGAAAAGCUCCAGGUGGUCUAGAAGUGGCGAGCAGGGUCUCUCCUAUGCAUCCUUGAAAAAUGUAUGAAAGGGACAAUAACGAAAUGGGUAAAAAGAACCAAGGGCACUCCAGGAAGGAAGAGAGUCCCCUUUCUUUGUUCCCAACGUAUUGUUUCACAGACAGAAAACAAUUCUGUCCAAGCCUCCCCGGAGGGAUAAAUUCAGGGUGACUAUGACUGGUCGUGGUGCUUCCUCAGGCAAUACUAAGGUUUAGAAUGGCAGUGCCUCCAGUCUGUCCCCAGUGUCUGAUGGCACUAUGUUCUUUGCAGGCAAAGACUUAGUUGAUGUGAAUUUCCCCUCUCUGCCUCCUCCGUCCCUGUUCCACGUCUCCAUUCCCUUUCUCACUCAUGUUUUAUCACCUUAACGUUGUGGAGCAGCCUUUGGCUGUGGAUUUCAAGACCCCUUAAAGAUAACUCAGCUGUUAACAAGGUCAUUGCGAGUUUCCAAGUACUUUUCAUUUUUACUCAUCAGUUAAAAAGAGAAUGAAGGCCCACAUUUGUUUUAGCUGAGGACAAGGAGCUCUUCGGCUCAUUGUGUUGUGCAGCGUGCCCUCAAGGCCAGACGGGCACCCCUUUAGGACUAUACAGAGCAGCAGCGUAACUGAAAGUGUUCCUUAUGAUGGUUUUAAAGGGCUCACCUGUGGUUUCUACUACAUUCCUUGUGUCCUCCUUCUCAGGUCAUUGAUGUCCUAUUUGUCAGCUUGAAAAAUAUACCAUACGUUUUGUU